AAUCAAUAAAUACACCCAAAAAAAAAAAAAAAUCCCUUUUUCUAUAUCCCAUUCACGAAAUUUUCUUUUCUCCCAAUUCUCAAAAAAAAAACCCCCUAAUUUCCCAGCAAUCGAAUUGCCAUGGCUAAAAGCUCCUUCAAAUUGGAACACCCUUUAGAGAGGCGACAAGCUGAGGCUGCACGUAUCAGGGAGAAGUACCCUGACAGAAUUCCGGUUAUUGUUGAGAAAGCUGAAAGAACUGACAUUCCUGAUAUCGACAAGAAAAAAUAUCUGGUACCUGCUGAUCUUACUGUUGGACAGUUUGUGUAUGUCGUGAGAAAGAGGAUUAAGCUGAGUGCUGAAAAGGCCAUCUUUAUUUUUGUGAAGAACAUCCUGCCACCCACUGCCGCCAUGAUGUCUGCAAUAUAUGAAGAAAACAAAGAUGAGGAUGGUUUCCUAUACAUGACUUACAGCGGGGAGAAUACGUUUGGAUCACUUUGAGGUGCGUGCAAUGGAAGCUGAAUGAUGGAUGUGAAUAUGGUCCAAGAAGGCAUGAACAUGUACAUUCUUUUAUCGAUGGUCUUCUUUAUUAGUUCAACACCAUUACAUGCUUUUCUGUGUUGCCUUGGUUGGGCAGUUUCACAUUUUAAUGUUCUUGUGUUAAAACUUGGAAUAAUGUGAUAGUAGUUUGACUUUCUGGUA